AUGUCUGAAAACGGAGAAGAGAAAUUACUCGCUAUGGCACGUCACAUAGCAAAAACGCUAGGCCACAACAACAAUGUUAUGGCUGAUGACAUUCUCCAAAUAUUCUCGAACUUCGAUGGAAGAUUCUCGAAGGAAAAUCUCUCCGAGAAAGUCGCGGUUGCAGAUACAGAUCCCAGAACCUGCGUCGCACUGGAUCACUGCCUUAAAGCCCUCGACCGUCGGAUCUCUCACUACGUCUCCUCCGAUCACCCUAUCUGGGCGGAUUCCGCUGACGCCGAGGCUUUUCUCGAAGCCGUUGACGACCUAAUCGCCUCCGUCGCAGAGUGGAACCACCUCACCGGUGAUAAAUCCAUCGCAACGUGUCUUGCACGCGCCGAGGAUAUGCUCCAGCACGCUAUGUUCCGUCUUGAGGACGAGUUUCGAUCUCUCAUGGAACGCGGUGGUGAGUCCUUUGAUCUAACUCAACCGUACAACGGUUCAACUGAGAAUUUACCUUUUGACUCAGAAGAAGAUGAAGAAGUUAGGAACGAUGGAGAAGAAGAUGAUCUGAUUCCUGUUGCGAUGCCGGUAACUGAUUACGACAUCGUGAUUGAUGCUUUGCCGUCGGCUACGAUUAACGACCUUCACGAGAUCGCAAAGCGAAUGGUUGCUGGUAGUUUUGGAAAGGAGUGUUCGCAUGUUUACAGUAGUUGCCGAAGGGAGUUCUUGGAGGAAAGCCUUUCGAGAUUAGGGUUACAGAAGCUUAGUAUUGAGGAUGUUCAGAAGAUGUCAUGGCAGGAUAUUGAAGACGAGAUUGAAAGAUGGAUUAAAGCUUCCAAUGUCGCACUCAAGAUACUUUUCCCCAGCGAGCGACGACUCUGUGAUCGGGUCUUCUUCGGAUACUCCUCGGCCGCCGAUUUCUCCUUCAUGGAGGUUUGCAGAGGAUCCACCGUUCAGCUGUUGAAUUUUGCUGAUGCUGUUGCCAUCGGAAGCCGUUCACCUGAUCGGUUAUUCAGAAUCCUCGACGUGUUUGAAACAUUGCGUGACCUAAUUCCAGAAUUUGAGGUUUUAUUUUGUGAUCAGUAUAGUGUAUCUUUAAGGAAUGAAGCAUUGACGAUAUGGAAGAGAUUAGGGGAAGCAAUUAGAGGCAUUUUCAUGGAGUUGGAGAAUCUAAUUCGCCGAGAUCCAGCUAAGGCGGCAGUUCCUGGUGGUGGACUUCACCCGAUUACCCGAUACGUGAUGAACUACCUCCGUGCUGCGUGUCGGUCACAGCAGACAUUAGAGCAAGUGUUUGAAGACUAUGGACAUCCUUUAAAGGAAUUUCCCAAGAUUGAUGAUAGAAUGCAUUCAUCUUCCUCUUUGUCAGUUCAAAUGGAUUGGAUUAUGGAGCUAUUAGAAAGCAAUUUGGAAGCGAAAUCCAGAAUCUACAAGGACCCUGCAUUGUGCUAUGUUUUCUUGAUAAAUAACUGCAAGUACAUUGUUCAAAAGGCUGAAGAUAGUGAGUUAGGAGUACUUUUAGGAGAUGAUUGGAUAAAAAAACACACUGCGAAAAUUCGGCAGUACCUUAUGCAGUAUCAGAGAAGCUCAUGGAACAAGGUGUCUGGGUUUCUAAAGAUGGAGAACAGUGGUUCAAUGCCACCUAAUGCCAUAGCAAAGUCUAUGAAAGAGAAGCUGAAAUCGUUCAACACGGCGUUUGAUGAUUUAUGCAGGGUUCAAUCUUCAUGGUUUAUCUUUGAUAAACAGCUUAAGGAAGAAAUAAGAAAUUCCAUUGAGAAACUGUUGUUACCAGCUUAUAGAAAAUUCAUUGGGAGGUUUCAGAGUCUUGCUGAAGUUGGUAAGAACACUGAUAAAUAUGUUAAAUAUGAAACGGAAGAUAUUGAAGUGAAACUCAACGAUUUGUUUCAAGGAAGCAGUGGAUCAACUGGUAGCAGAAAUCGAAGCUAA